CACUCUUGCUUUGUAAUUUUGAUUCCUUUCCCCAUCUCUUCGUACAUUGUUUUGCUUCAUCUUGUGGCUCCAAAGAAGACGGGUCACACCUUAUGGCUAAUGGUAACCUUUUUCCCAAUACAGAUUCUCCAACUGGCUCCACAACUCCACCUUUCUUUACUGUAUAUAAGCAGCUUGCCAUAACAAUAUCUGGCACAAGCCAUCAUCACUUAAAACUAAAUCUAGCUCUUCUCUUUUUUCUCUUCUUCUUAGCUUUCCUAGUCCAUUUAUAAACAGUUCUCCAUCUCUUUCACUGUCGUUUUUUACAGUGAGUUAUGGCCUCAAGAAACUCAGGUGAUUCCUCUUGGACACCCAAGCAAAACAAGCUGUUUGAAAAGGCUUUGGCCUUGUUUGAUAAGGACACCCCAGACCGGUGGCAAAACAUUGCCAAGGCUGUUGGUGGUGAAAAAUCUGUUGAUGAAGUUAAGAGACACUAUGAAAUCCUCAUUGAAGAUCUCAAGCAUAUCGAAUCUGGAAGGGUUUCAAUUCCCAGCUACAAGUCUACUAGAAGCAGUACCCGCAAUGCUGCUGAUGAAGAGAGGCUUCUAAAGAAUCUCAAGUUGCAGUGAAUUCCAAAGUCUAAAUAAAAUUUAAGAUGUGUGAUUGUGAAAGAUAGUUGUAUGUAGCAACAUGUGAACAACUCUUUCCUCUUUGUCUCCCUCUUCAUCUUUUUAUUUCUCUCCAUGAUACUUUAAGUCAUUCUUCAGCGAUCAUCCAAGUAAUGAAAUAUCCAUGUUUAGAAA